AAUGUGUUUUCGGUCACAUUUACCAAAUUAAUCAACUUGAAGGAAGGUGAAUCGCUUCGCCCGUGUUGAGGAAAGGAAUAACAAAAACUGGUCAUCCCAUCAACAUGGAACACAAACCUACAAUCACACUUCCAGGGCUCAACCUGCGGAGACGACAGAUUGAAAUACCUAAAAUUGACAAACGUUGGGGUCCGCACCCCUGGACCCCACCUCUGGAUCCGCGUAUGUAUAUCCAUGAGCCAUCCUCUGAAGAGGAAAAUGAUGAGAACGAGGCCAGCCAAGGUGACGUCAUGACGUCUACUGCUGUCAUCCCAGUAGGAGUAGGAGGGGACACGGGUCAGGACAUCCCGACUCAGGAAAUCCCCCCAGUGGAUGUCGACAGCCCAGUCAUCAACAACAACACAGCUACCUUCACAGACAGGGAGUGUAAUGGCCACUUGCUGCAGAAUGGUAAGGUGCACCAGAAUGGUUCUGUCCAGCACGAAGUAUCGGUUACAGAGACCGAAGAGAAGGAGAAAACAAGGAAGUCUUCUAAGGUAGUGAAGCGUCCCCACAUCACGGAGAAGGUGGUAUUUGUGGUGUCCGUGGCAACUGUCAGCUUUUUAACACACUGCGUCAUCUCUGCUCAGUACCUCAUCCCGUACUUCUACUCCAUCACAGCUCCGAUACUGCUGCUGAUACGGUGUAUCAUGUACUGGUUUUGCAAAUGGCAGUAUUUUUUACUAGAUUUCUGUUAUUAUGGAAACAUCAUGUGCUAUGUGUUUAUUUGGGCGUUUCCCCAGCAGCCGCAAUACUUCUGUGUUGUGUUUGCCCUGUCCAAUGGCCCCAUCAUGUGGGCACUUCUCUUGUUCCGAAACUCACUCGUAUUCCACAGCUUUGAUAAAACUGUCUCCAUUUAUAUCCACAUCAUGCCAGGACUGUUGUCUUUCACGAUACGAUGGUUCCCAGAAGAAACAUCUAAGUUGUGUUGCUACAUGCUUCAUGGUUUGUUUAACACGUUGCUGGUGCAAGUUAUUUUUAAACCUCCACCAGAAUAUCAAACCAUCUACCGCCUUCUCACAGCCAAAGAGAAGAGUUCAAGUUUCAAGUUGUUCGACUUGUGUGGACCAAAGCAUCACUACCUCAUGUACAAGCUGAGUUACAUGGUCUUCUGUCUCCUGAGUGUGCUCUUUACCAUCCUGUGGUACAACUUUUUCAUCGCCCACUGCAUCUUCCUCUCCUUCGUCGUGCUGAAAGCCACCUACAAUGGCGCUUGCUACUACUUGGAUGUGUUCAGCGUACACUUGUUGAAACAACACUUCCGGCAGGAACAGAAAAUUAAAGCCGACAACUUUGAUAAGGCGUGAUAUGUUUGUGGAUGACUGCUCAAUCCGUCUGCUCUUCAUGUCUGAGUGACCUUGAACUUUAGAAGUCCUGUUCUCUCAGCAAGCGGACUGUUAGUUCCGGGGAUGUGAUUUUGAUGAAGACAUUUUAUCUAUGAGAUUAUACCAGUGUGUUAUUCACUGAUGAACUGAAAGAAAGUUUGCAAGGGUGACAGUGAAAGUAGAGUUACUUGUUCCAGGCCUGUGAACUAAGAAAAUGAUCUUGUUUGGAAUAGAGUCAAGUUCUGGAGACAAGUUAUUUAUUGCUGUUUGUCAGCACCAAACUGUGACUGGAGACCCCUAAUAUCUUUCUGACAACAAAUUGGGUUCAUUUUGACAAGAUAUGGCCGUGGGACACAGAACCUGGUUCCGAUAUUUUGUAUGAACAGUUGCACCCAAACUAUAGAGGAUGAUUUCAGAGGUACCAGGAAUACAUGUAUAUGUUAUGUUAAGUAAUAUUUUAUUGAAGUUCAAGCCUUGGCUUAACAUACCACAAAAUCAGAAAAUGUUAAAUGCCUAGCAUCAGAUUUAAGUUAAAUGAACAUUUGUGAAGGAAUAGGCAACUUAAAACAAUUUUAAUAAAAUUCAG